AGGAUAUCAAUAAAUGAAAAGAAAGGUAUAUUGAAAAAUGAAUCCAUCUGUAUCACGUCAUACGAAGCCUCCACAGAUUCAAACAAAAAUGUCUCAAACAAUACAACAAGAGAAUGACUCUGUAAACAAUUCGCCAACAACACCACAAAGUACAUCUACGUCAUCCUCCUCCUUGACAACAACAGACGAAGAAGUUAGAAUAGUGUUUUUAGGUUCAGCUAAAGUUGGUAAAACAUCUAUAAUCCAACGGUUUCUUCAUAACCAUUUUGAGUCCAAGUAUACUCCAACAGUUGAAGAUAUCCACCUCAAGAAAUUUAUUGUACGUGACCAUUUAGUCAAACUAGUACUAAUGGAUACAGCUGGUAGUUAUGAUUUUCCUGCGAUGUUACGUCUUUGUAUAAAUAAAGCAAAUGCUUUUGUUAUAGUAUUUGCUCACGACAAUCUUGAUUCUUUAGUACAAGCUGGACAGUUAUUAACCCAAAUUAAAUCACAACGCAAAGAUUAUGCACCGCUUGUUUCAAAUACAUUAAACGAUCAAUAUGACGAUUGUAUAUUUAAUAUGAACGUGGCAUCACCGCCAAUUGUUGUCGUCUGUAAUAAAUCCGAUUUACCAAACUCAGAUUCACAAGUUAGUGAGGGCGCUAUUAUGGAGUGGUUAUUAACAAAUGGUCUAAAGCCAUCGCAAUUCGUUUAUGCCAGCGCUAAAUCCAAUGAUUCCAUUAUCGCAAUCUUCGAAUCCCUUUGGUUACAGAAUACUGUUAGUAAAGCGAUAAAACUAGCAAGAUGGGAUGGUGUCAGACGAGCCAGUCUAACUAACAGUCAACAGACUGCAUUACCUCAUUCUAGUAUUACGAGUAGUAACACCAAUGUAACCAGUAGUACAUCAGCAUUCACACAGAAGGAGACAGAUUUUUCUGCACUUAGUGGUACUGUUAUAAACACUAGUUCGGCUAGUCCUGGUAAUAUACAUGUUUACAGUCACAACAGUAGUGAGUUACCUGAUGCAAAUGUCAACGAACAAAAGUCUGCAACUACGAAGUCACGUCAAACAAUCUUUCGUAAUAGUUUUCGUCUUAGUCGAAGGUCAAGUGGAAAGACGAAUAAGUCUAAACCCGAUAUAGUUCAUAUGGACUGCGUAAUUUCUUAAUGGCGUUUUAAACAUACCGCAUGCAUUUGGAAAUAGAAACUUAAAAGAAACUAUGACACACCAUGGAUUUGUAUCGAAAUUAUGUGUAAAACACAAAGCCUUAUGACAUUCUGUCCAGUCAUGUCUCAAAAAUACAAAAAUAAACUCCGUUAAAUAUUUCACGAAUCCAUCGUACAACUGUUUGUAUAAUCAUUAAGCGGUGUAUUCUUAAUAUGUUGUCCUCUUUCAUUUAGUUCAACCUCAUUUUUUGCUUGGAAUUAUGUGAUUCACUUUGUGGAAAAAUAUAUUCAUGAACGAUAUUUUUGUAAUUGUUAUGUUAGCAGUGUAACGAAUAUAUACAUGUUUCCAGA